UUGUCGUGAAAGUAUUGAGCGGAAGUCACGUGGUGUGUGUUGCCUGACUUGACGCCGUCUGUGAAGAAACUUGUGUCGGUGCCGCGGACGCACCGACGGCGUCUGUGAUGACAGAGCGAAGGUAGACGGUCCAUCUGCCGCUGCGGCUACGCUCAGAACUCCGUUGGAAAUACUGCUAAUUUCAACCGCAGCGGCUAACCGACCUGCAACCUGACGGCGUUCAACCAGCUGGCCGGAGUGCCGCCGAGCAAACUGCUACGAGCUCACGAACCCAGCGUAAUGUAAGGCGAUGCUCACUCGGCCACCAUGGCCAGUGUCACGCUGCGGUACUUCUGUUAUGGCUGCCUCGUUACCUCGGCGACCUGGUCCGUCCUCCUCUUCCUGUACUUCUCUCUGGGGGCCGAGCCCGGCCACGGCAGGACCCCCCUGCAGCACCGCAGCCAGCCAAUCACCGGGGGCCUGGCCGAGCGGAGGGCAGGGCGUCGGCCUCUGCCGGCCAAUAAGGGGGCGCAGCUGUCGCCAGAGAUGGGGAUGAUAUUUAACGAGGCAGAUCAGGAGGUCAGGGACACCGGCUACCAUCGACACGCCUUCAACGUCCUCAUCUCCACCAGACUGGGCUACCACAGAGAGCUGCCCGACACCAGAGACUCCCAGUGUCGGGAUGUGGUGUAUCCUCUGGCUCUGCCUUCUGCCAGCGUAGUGAUCUGUUUCUUCAAUGAGGCGUUCUCUGCCCUGCUGAGGACCGUCCACAGCGUGCUGGACCGAACGCCGGCCUACCUGCUGCACGAGAUCAUCCUGGUGGACGACCACAGCGAGCUCGAGGAGCUGAAGGACGACUUGGAUCAGUACGUCAGGGAGGAGCUGCAGGCGAAAGUUAAACUGGUGAGGAACCAGAGAAGGGAAGGACUCAUCAGGGGACGCAUGAUAGGAGCCUCACAUGCUACUGGUGAGGUGCUGGUCUUCCUGGACAGUCACUGUGAGGUGAACCAGGCGUGGCUGCAGCCUCUGCUGGCUCCCCUCCAGAAGGACCGCCACACCGUUGUCUGCCCCGUCAUCGACAUCAUCUCAGCCGAUACGCUCGCCUACUCGCCCUCCCCCAUCGUCCGAGGCGGCUUCAACUGGGGGCUGCACUUCAAGUGGGACCCUGUCCCCCCGUCUGAGCUCAACAGGCCUGAGGGAGCCACCGGACCAAUCAGGUCUCCCACCAUGGCAGGCGGUCUGUUUGCUAUGAACAGGAAGUACUUUAACGAGCUCGGCCAAUAUGACGCCGGCAUGGACAUCUGGGGCGGGGAAAACCUGGAAAUCUCCUUCAGGAUCUGGAUGUGUGGUGGUCAGCUGCUCAUCAUCCCCUGCUCCAGAGUCGGCCACAUCUUCAGGAAGAGGCGGCCGUACGGCUCACCUGGCGGGCAGGACACCAUGGCCCACAAUUCCCUGCGGCUAGCGCACGUAUGGAUGGACGAGUACAAGGAGCAGUAUCUGUCUCUGCGUCCAGAGCUGCGUGAGCGCGGUUACGGCGACAUCAGCGAGCGCGUGGCGUUGAGGAAGCGGCUGCAGUGUCGCUCGUUCCGUUGGUACCUGGACACGGUCUACCCCGAGAUGCAGACCGUCGCCAACGGCAAUAAGCAGCAGCCGCCGCUGUUCAACAACAAGGGCCUGAGACGGCCCAAGGUCCUGCAGCGAGGACGGCUUCGUAACCUAGCGACCGGGCGUUGUCUCGUGGCCCAGGGCCGAGCCAGUCAGAAGGGCGGAGCUGUCGUCCUGCGACCGUGUAACCCCCACGACCCCGAACAGGACUGGGCCUUUGAUGAGGAGGGUCAGCUGGUCCUGGCAGGUCUGCUGUGUCUGGACGUGUCAGAGGUCAGGACCUUUGACCCCCCCAGACUGAUGAAGUGUCACGGGUCAGGGGGGUCGCAGCAGUGGAGCCUGGGGAAGUCUAACCGGCUCUACCAGGUCUCGGUGGGUCAGUGUCUCUCCGUCGCCCAGCCAAUCGGGCCCAAGGGUUACGUCUCCAUGGCGAUAUGCGACGCCUCGCAGGCGCAGCAGUGGCAGCUGGAGGGCUGAGGGGGAGGACAUGCCACCUCCACGUGGCGGGCGGACGUCUUCAGUCCACUUUGGUUUUAAAGACAAUCAGGUUUUAUUGGCGGGAGGAGACGUGUGUUUGACGUGUUUGUCUUCGCCGUGGCCGUCGAGUCUUGAGUUUUUCUGCUCAUGACGACUUUAAUUAAGCGGAGUUGAUUUGGUUUUCAUGUUUUUAAAAGAUUCAUUUUCAACCUCAUCCCUGCUUUUAAAACGCAGACUGAAAAUAUGUUGGCAGGGCUGGAUGGAAACAGUCCUGAAAUAUCCUGGAAUAUCACGACGGUGCUUUCAAGUCAGACCUUGAAAGUCCUGUAAUGACCUGGAAAAUCUGGAGUUAACGCUAUGAAUUCCACAGUCAAAGAACCAACUCACUUCGGCUCAUUAUGGUCAGUUUUUAUUCCACCACAGUGAAACUACGGGGCAGAAGGGGUGAGAAGAAAUGGCUUUUAAAACAAAUUCCUCUGACUCUGUGUUUUAAUCGAAUCCUGGAAAUGUAGUAAAAACUGAAAACGACGAGCCAGUCGGACGGACACUAACGAAACAAUCACUGACAAACGACAUGUUGAUGUGAAACGUAUCAAUUUGAAGUCGGACGAUAUCAGGAUUACUUUGAAGGACUCGUGUGGAUCCACACGGUCUGGACCUCUGACAGUAUCACAGCAGCUGAGUCGAGUUUUUAAAGUUUGUCUCAUUUCGUCAUCAAUAAAUCUGCAAUUCACACACUGAAGUGUAAAUACGGUGACGGGGGGGGGGGGCUUGACUGGAACAGACCUGACAGGUGAUGAAAGAUAAAAACCUCUGAGUAAAAUGAUGAACAGAAUAUUAACUUUGUUUAAAUGAAUAAAAUGAGAUUGUCUUGCUUUUAUUUUUUUACAUGAGUUAGUUUCUCUGUUGACUCCUAUGACGGGUACAAACCGCCCGUGGAUUUCAUUAGCGCUGAAC